UUCUGUCUCAGAAAGCAAAAAAACAAGAUCCAAUUAUAUUAAAGAAAAUGACAUAUGUUCUACUUGUUACAAUGCAAACAUUGUCAACACAUCUACAGAGUUUCAACAGCGUGGAUUCUUAUUCCUAUAUUGCGUCAGAAACUUCUAAUAAAACUCCUGUUUUGUCUUCACAAACUGUGGGGAUAAUCACGGAUGUUUUUAAUGAGAGAACAUAA